AUGGAUUUUUCGAUUCGCUUUAGUGCCUCAGAAGAUGAGGAACAGCAGGCGGAAGAAUUCGUCGACAGUGACCCGCCACGGAACACCACGCUGGCCCACCGCAUGAUCAUGUUUGUCUACGGUCGUCUCGCGAUCGAUCGUGAUGCCAGAACGUUGGCUUUUUGGGAGGAAUUUCGUGUGCUGCAGAAUGACGUCACUAUGUCCGCGCAAGAGCUGCGGGAUUUUUUCUACCGCGAUCUGAUGGAAAGUGCGGAACAUCUGGAGAACGUACCGUAUCAUGUGCACCAGUACAUAAACCCGAUGUUCAACCGGUACCGCGGAGAGGUAUUGCAGCAGCAAGACACCCUUGAUAUUUGUUACAACAGCCAAACCGGUAGAUAUGGUGUAUCUGCCACCAGCAGCCAGUUUCCGGCAGAGCUGCUGCCUAAAGAGCCUAGCCAGUACGCAACGCUUGCACCGGUGACAUCGAAAGGUUCCACCAGGCUACCGACCAGCCAGCAAGUGUUGCGAUUCGUGUCGGACAACAUCAGCGAGCUGCUGUGGACGGAAGACGAAAAGGUGACCAAAGUAACGUUCAGCACGGACGAAUGGCUGACGCGGAUGGCCUCCCUGACGAAAAAUGGCAUUUCAUUGAUCCAGUGUGCCGAACCGGAAAUGAAAAACUACCACCGCAUGCGUCUGCUCGGACUGCUGUCGGACGACGACGGGGUGACUAAACUAGCCCAAGAUGAGGACAUGAUGUCUGAGGACGACAGGCAUGGGAUUGAGUCUAGUAGCGAUCUCGAAGACUUCCGUACUCCGAUCGACAAUUCAACGCCAUUCGAGCCGCGAUCAAAGAUGGUCUUAAGACGGAAACAAAUGCCAAGAACGGGGACCGUACCGUUGGCGGAUUCCGGAUACGAUCUGAGCAGCUUCCAAGGACCAACAAUCAACUCCUCGUCGCGCCACCCACCGGCACCGGUAGAGGCAGAGGAAAGCGCCCAGCGUUUAGCCAGAGAAGAGCGAUUGCGAGCAAUGCAGAACGACAACCAGCAACCAUGCUGCAGCUACCGUUAA